ACACGUUCAACUUUAUUUGACUUAAACACAAAACAAAGCAAUUUAGGCAGUUUCAACUGAAUUGUAAACUGCAUAUGUAAACCUAUGCUGAUAAGUUUCUAGGGAUUGAGUUUGGCAUACAUAUUUGUUGGCUCUUGAGCACUCACUAAACAUACGAUUCGUGAACUUACUUUUAGGAAAAGACAACAAUGAGGUGUAAAGUGAAUAUACCUACAAUUUUUUAUUCUUUAUUAUACAGCAUAUUCUAUUGAGUCAAAGAAAUAAUAAUUUAUUACAUGAAACACACAAACUACCAUCUGACAAAGUAGAAGAAUCUUGACAAAAGCCCAGUACUUGACACGACACCUAUCUUUUUAGAGCUUUCCACUGACUCGUUUUGUCUUCUUAUUGUUACUUCAUUGUUAAAGUCGAAAAGGAGAAAAGCAAAAGCCAUAAAUAAAAUCACACUAGAUCUUCCUCAACUUCAGAUUCUCCUUUCAAAACCAACUCCAAGAGAGAAUGGACCAACAAGAGCAUGGACAAUCCAGAGCCAUGAACUACGGCACUAACCCAUACCAAACCGGGAGUGUAGGCCCUACAGCACCAUCAGGCCAGAUGGCGUUUCACCAGCACCAUCAGCAGCAACAGCUAACUCAACAGCUUCAAGUCUUUUGGCAGAACCAAUUCAAAGAGAUUGAGAACACAACUGAUUUCAAAAACCACAGCCUUCCACUUGCAAGAAUCAAGAAAAUCAUGAAAGCUGACGAGGAUGUACGCAUGAUCUCUGCCGAGGCACCUGUCGUGUUUGCAAGGGCCUGCGAGAUGUUCAUCUUGGAGCUGACACUCAGGUCUUGGAACCACACGGAGGAGAACAAGAGAAGGACGUUGCAGAAGAACGAUAUAGCAGCUGCUGUGACUAGAACCGACAUUUUUGAUUUCCUUGUGGAUAUUGUUCCUAGGGAGGAUCUCAGGGAUGAAGUCUUGGGAAGUAUUCCGAGAGGGACUGUCCCUGAGGCUUCUGCUGCUGGUUACCCGUAUGGAUACUUGCCUUCAGGAACUGCUCCAGUAGGGAACGCGGGUAUGGUUAUGGGUAACCCGGGUAGUGCUUACCCACCUAACCUGUAUAUGGGUCAACCCAUGUGGCAACAUCAGGGACCUGGCCAACCUGACCAGUAAAACUAGCCUAGGUAAAGAAACUAGUUCUAGUCUUGUCCAAGUGGAAUUAAGAAAGGAGGAGACUUCAAAGAAAACUAAAAGAUCAUAUCACUUUUUGAAAUCAGUGUUGUAGAAGAAUCUAAGUGUUCGUGUAUUCAAUCCUUUCUUUAAGGAAAAUGAAACAGAAGAAUGUAUAAACUGCAAGGAAGAAGUGUGGUUGACAUGUUUUUUUUAUUUAAAUGUUAUUGUCUAUCUUUAUUGUCUCUCAUGAGUGCUCACCUGCUCGGUUGAGUUCAGUGCGAUUCUAUUUCUAUCCCAAAGUUAGAACUAAAACAAAGUUAGGUAUGUC